AUGAGUUCCACAGACCCCCUUCUCCGCAGGGUAGAGAACUACCGCGAGAGUUGCGACAAUUGUGCCAAGUCAAAAGUUCGUUGCGGCAAGGAACAACCUUGGUGCCAGAGAUGUGAGCGGCGCGGCCAAGUCUGUAGCUAUAGCCCUUCUCAGCGAUCCAGAAAGAGGACCAUAGACACUACUCACCCUGAAGGGGACCAACGGAAUGGGACUCCACCAUUUGCUGCAACCAGCAGCACGGCAUCUGUAGCUGCAGUGAGCAAUGGCUUCAGUACCUUGCUUAGCCAUGCUGACGGCUGGGGCACUUGUCCUGACCUUGUCGAGCUGUUAACCAGCGGUAGUAGCUCUGAGUCUCUGACACCAGACAAUACCAAUUUGGUGUGGCUGUCGGACAUGGAGUCAAUCGCUGGUGAUAGCAGUGUUGGCAAGAGUUUGGAGAGAAUGGAUGCUUUCGCAUAUUCCAACGGCCACACCACAGGUGCCUUAUCAGCAGCAGGGAUGGGCAGUGGUAGUGGAUCUGGUACCGACAGCACGGGACGAAGUUCAACGUGCUCCGUCACCGACAGACAGCACUGCGAGGCUGAUCUUAUAUCCGCAUUGGCAAAGCCUGACCUUCCUUCCCUGUCAUGCUGGGGUAACCCUACCGAUUCCCAAAAUCUCGGAACUAUCCUCACAGCUAGUCGUGCAACACUAAAGUGCGUGACAACUGCCAUGUCAUGCACAUGCACCCCGAAUGACAACGUCGCAUUGUUGGCCACAGCCGUGCUGUUGCGAAUCUUAUCCUGGUACCGCAUCGUUCUGAAAAACUGCCGCGGUCCCAAUGAUGGCAGUGCAACACUCGACGAUCACAACAGUCCUGUUCCAUCCAAUGAUGGUAAGGAAACUAAGAGAUCAUUGUCACGGGAUACAAAUAUGUCACAAGAGAGAAUCGAGCCAUCAAGUCUCAUUAUGCCGCCUAUGACAAUUGGAGCAUAUGAGCUAGAUUCUGAGAACAGAGAGCGCAUGAUUGGACACAUCAUGCUCAGCGAGUUGAGUAAGAUGGGGAACUUGCUGGGAGAUUUCUCAAAGAAGUUCUGUGAUCCUCAAUCUACCACGUUGGGUAACGAUAAUAGAAGCCAGCUGUUUCUCGCUUUGGAAAUGUUGAUUCGGAACAAACACAUGGCAACUGUUCUAGAUGUACGAAAGAAACUCGAGGUGAAGUAG